CUCCUCUCUGUUAUAUCCCCUGACCCUCCAAAAUUCCAGCAUCCCUGAGAGCAGACAGGGGAGAGUUAUGGAGCCCUCCACCUUCUCACCCAGACGUUCAGCAGAAGUGUCAGGGUGGUAAAAUGUAAGAACACUUUUGCUUUCUCGGUUCGAUAACGAGCGUGUCCUAAACUCUCCUCCCUUUCCUGCGGGGUGAUGUGAACGCACGGGCUGCGUUGGCUUCUCGUCAGACGCUCUCCAAGACCUCGCAGAUAUUCAAUCGUGACGGAUCCCUUCCCCUGCUCCUCCACUCCUGUUUAAGAUUCCGCAUUUGAUAAAACGGAGCUUUGCCUGCAUCCUUCCUUCUUCUGACUUCUUACGCGGAAAAAGGGGAAUCUGACCGUUUUUCUUUGGGAUUCAGCCAAGUUGUAUAAAACGAGGAGUUUACAAUGACAGCUACCAAGGAGCAGCCGAAUCAGAGACCGAACCAACCGCCGCAGGAUGAGGACCUGGGUGGGGUGAGUCCUCCUCAAAGGAACUGGAAGGGGAUUGCCAUUGCUCUUCUGGUCAUCCUGGUGGUCUGCUCCCUCAUCACCAUGUCUGUCAUCCUCCUCACACCAGCUGACAACCCAGCCGGAAGAGAGACCAAACUGACUGUGGAAGAUUUGUUCAAACCUGAGUUCAGUGUCCAUGACCCAGAAGCCAAAUGGAUCAAUGACUCUGAAGUCAUCUACAGGAACAGUGAUGGCCACGUCAUCAAGUUUAACAUCCUCACAAAUGAAACAGAGAUUGUCCUGACAAAUGCAACAUUUACAAAUUUCAAUGUGGCCAAGUAUUCUCUCUCUCCUGACCUGAAAUAUGUCCUCUUCGCUUAUGAUGUGAAACAGGUUUACCGCCAGUCCUACAUGGCCUCCUACAGCAUCUACAACAUUCAUACGCGAGAGGUUUGGGAGCUGGACCCUCCGGAAGUGGUGAACUCGGUCCUGCAGUAUGCUGCCUGGGGAGUGCAAGGCCAACAGCUGAUCUACAUAUUUGAAAAUAACAUCUACUACCAAUCUGAUGUCAAGAGUAAUUCCCUUAGACUAACAUCCUCAGGGAAGGAAGGGGUCAUCUUCAAUGGAAUUGCUGACUGGCUCUAUGAAGAGGAGAUCCUUCAGACACACAUUGCACACUGGUGGUCACCUGACGGAGAGAGGUUGGCCUUCCUGGUCCUCAAUGACAGCCUCGUGCCCAACAUGGCUUUACCUCGUUUCACUGCCAUGGCAUAUCCAAAAGGAAAACAAUACCCAUACCCCAAGGCUGGCCAACCCAACCCGGUAGUGAAGCUCUACGUAGUCAAUCUUUACGGGCCAACGCACACUCUGGAGCUGAUGCCUCCGGAGACGCUCAAACUCCGGGAGCAUUAUGUGACCAUGGUGAAGUGGAUCAGCAAGACCAAGACCUCCGUCAGGUGGUUGAACCGGGCCCAGAACAUCUCCAUCCUGACUGUGUGUGACACGACCACUGGAGCCUGCAUCACGAGGCAUGAAGAAAGCUCUGAGCUCUGGCUCUCCAAGCAGAAUCAAGAACCGGUGUUCUCCAAAGAUGGAAGCAGAUUCUUCCUGACUGUCCCGGUCAAACAAGGAGGACGGGGAGAGUUUCAUCACAUCGCCAUGUUCACUACACAGUUCAGAGCAGAUCAAAAUGAAGUCCGACAUUUAACAUCAGGAAACUGGGAGGUGACCAAGAUCAUUGCCUACAACAAGAACUCUGAGAAUCUUUAUUUUCUCAGCACAGAGGGUUCACCACGAAGACGGCAGCUAUUCAGCGUUAAAACUGUGGGUCUGUUCCCACGACAGUGUUUAACAUGUGAGCUAAAUAAAGCUCACUGUCUGUACUUUGAUGCUGACAUCAGCCCCACAAACCAGCACGUCAUCCUCCACUGUAAAGGUCCCGGAGCGCCUACUGUGAUCUUACACAGCCUCAAUAAUUCAAAUUACUACAUCCUUGAAAACAACUCUGUGCUGAAGGCAGCAUUGAAGUACAAAAGGAUCCAACUCAGUGACUUCAGAACCGUUACGAUGGAACAUUUUGACUUACCUUUGAAGAUCUCCUACCCACCAGACUUCUCUGAUUCCCAGCACUAUGGACUACUGUUGCUGGUUGACAGCGCCCCUGGUGGUCAGGCUGUGAGUGACCUCUUCUCGCUCAGCUGGGACUCCGUGCUGGUCAGCUCAGACAGCGUCAUCGUGGUUCGUCUGGACGGCCGGGGCAGCGGCUUCCUGGGGCAGAGGGUCCUGCACGAGGUUCACCACAGACUGGGGACUGUUGAUGUUCAGGACCAGAUCGCAGCAGUAGAAUACAUGAUGAAAUUUCCCUAUAUUGAUCGGACACGGAUAGCAGUGUUUGGAAAGGGUUACGGAGCAUACAUAACAUUAAUGAUGCUCAAGUCUACUGACAGCCUCUUUAAAUGUGCAUGUGCAGUGUCACCGGUGACAGACUGGAGACUCUACGCAUCAGCGUUCUCUGAGCGAUACCUUGGCAUGCCAUUACGAGACGACAGCAGAUAUCAGUUUUCCAGUGUGCUGCAGAACGUUCAAGCACUUAGGGAGCAGACAUUGAUGCUAGUGCACGGCACAGCAGAUGCCCACAUCCAUUUUCAACAUACUGCUGAGCUCAUCAAGAGCCUGGUGAAAGUUGGAGCAAACUACUCAAUGCAGAUCUAUCCAGAUGAGGGCCAUUUCCUGUCUCUGCAGAGCCAGCAGCACCUCUACACCACACUGACCGGCUUCUACAAGGAAUGUCUAAAAGAGGAGUUACUACCACUGCCCGAUGAGGAAGAAGAGGAGGAGGAGUAGGCAGGAGGCUUUGAGGGUCAGACCUUUGGCAGAGCUUGAGAGAAUUUAACUAAAAUCCAUCAAGGCCUUUCGCAUUUGGACCAAGUGUUUAGCCAGACAUGGACACUGGGUUGGAGGUGUUAAUGCUCUGAAGUGUGAGUGUGCUUGUGUGUGUGAGCACUCCGGUGUGUGACUGUGUAUAAAUGUGUUGAAAAGAUAACUGAAGGACACAACAGUGACACUUGUAUUACUGGGACUUGAUGCAGGAACUGCCCUCCAGCAUAAAGCCAAUUCAGUUUCGGGAUGCUCCAUUUCUCGGCAAAGCACACAGAAGACUGCCUCCAUCUUGUGCAGGUUCUCUGGGCUGUAGUCAUCCACAUUUAUCCGAGUGCAUGGUUCUUUUUUUCUCUCUCGAGCUCACUCUUUUUGCCAUGUUGGUCUCCUUUGUGGUAGCACCUGGGAAGAAAAGAACACACAUGGACACUUUUGGUCUCAUCUCUUCAUUUGGUUGUUGAAUUGCUGCACAAGGAAAUGCUCCAGUCAUCUGCAAAAGUGUUUAGUCACACUAGUUCACCGCAACCGAGCCGAUACUGAGUAAGUGCAAUUUCCUGAUGAAGCCCUCCACCUCCAACCUAAAUGGAAACAAUCUCCAUGGGUCACACUUCAUUGUACAGGGGACUUGUGUAGACAUACAUGUACAAUGCCUUAUGAGGUUCAACAUACUGUAACUUUAUGUGCUGGCAUUAAUAGUAAUCUGUUAGCAGUGUAAUGUUAACCUAUGUCAACUCAGGUCCUUGAGACAAAGCAUUGCAGUCAGUUUAGUAUCUGAAACAGUUAGAGCACUAUGUCAGCAGUGGUCAUGAAUUAGUUAUGAAUAUUGGCCAUAUAGUCAUUUCAGUUUCAGGCCACACUUCAAAAGAUCUUAUUGUCAUUUAACCUUCUUUAUCUAAAAUCAAGUGAUGAAAGGUGUGAGAUCAUAUUUCAGUGCAUUGCCAUCAGAUUUAAGAACUUUCUUGAAGUCAAGAGACAUUGUCCCUGUUUCUGGACACUCGAGAGAAAAGAAAAAAAUAAGUGGAAAAAAAUGAAAAUGGUUGUGCUAAGAUGGAAAAUUUUACAGUGUCAGUAAGGUGUUUGCAUGUCUACAGGGAAUGUGUCAAUUGUUGCCACAUUUUGUACAGUACAAUACAGCAGAGUGUGUACAUAAAUAUAUUUUUGAGAUGUCAAAUCUCAUAGAAAGUUUAGUCUAUGGGGAUGGAUUGAUUUGACCUUGACGUCUUGUACUUUAUUUGUUUCUUUUCUGUUUUCCUUCCAGCUGUUGAUUUUAUUCUAAGGAUGGAUUUUGUAACGCGUCUUGUUCAUUUUGCUGUUUGAACGGGGAAAGGGAAGGGUUGAGGUUUAGGGAUUAUUGUGAUUGUCCUCUAGUGAUGAUUAUGAAUAAAAAACAGUGAAAAACAACGAGUUAUACUAAUG